AUGUUGAAUUGUGUUUUGGGUAAACUUGGAUGUGGGAAUGGAUCAGGAGGGAUGCAUCAGAGAAUUGAAACCGAAGAAGAAGAAGAAGAAAGAAGGGAAGGAAAGCGAGAGAGAAGGUCCAAGUCUCCAGGAGGUGCGGGUGUUGAUGAGUUUGACUUGUGCUCUAAAUAUUCUUGCAUUAAAUGGUCAUUUGACAUUAGUAAAAAUAAUAAUAAUAACAACAAUCAUAAUAACUUGGACUCUUACCCUCCGGCUCUCCGCCACCAGAUAAGCCACCACUCUGACGACCACCACCGGCACCACCGUGAGGAACCAGACGUGGACACAAUCCCCACCGAUUCGCAUGCCGUGCCGGUGAUAGAUCUCGAACGCUUAUUGAACGAAGAUUAUGAAAUGACGGAGAAGCUAGACGAGGCUUGCAGGGAUUGGGGGAUAUUCCGGUUAGCCAAUCACGGAGUUCCGUUAACCCUGUUAUCCAAACUUCACGACCUAGCCAAACAGCUACUUUGCAUGCCCUUUGAAUCCAAACAAGCCUCCUGUGAUGGUAGCCCCGUGGUUUACUUCUGGGGCAACCCUGCCCUAACCGGAUCCGGGACAGGCGUAUCCGGAGACCCAAGCAAGAUCAAUUUAUUUGAAGGCUUCAAUGUCCCUUUAGCACAGCUCCAUGAGUUUCACCCUCAGCUUCCUCUGCUUGAGUCUUUCAGAGAUGCGCUAGUAGACUAUGGAAGGCACCUAUCAAGAAUCGUUAAAUCUUUGUUCGAAGCAAUGGUGAAGAAGCUGAGUCUGAGAAUAGAGAAGCCAGAAAUAAGCUCGUAUGUGGCAGACAAGACUGGGUUUAUACGAGUGUAUCGUUAUCCUCGAAACCCUAAAUAUUCAAAUAACAACAAUGGUGGUUGUUGGGGAAUGGAACCUCACACAGAUAGCUCUGUGCUGUCCAUUCUCAGCCUUCAUGCUCAAGAUUCUGGACUUGAAGUCCUCAGAGAUCAUCAAUGGCUUCCUGUUCAAUCCAUUCCCAAUACUCUCACUGUCAACAUUGGCGACAUGAUGCAGGCGAUAAGUGAUGAGAGAUACAAGAGUGCAUUGCACAGAGUGAAGAUAAACGAAGAGAAAGAGAGAAUGUCGAUAUGUUACUUCGUGUUCCCACACGAUGAGGUGGUCAUACAGAGUUCCCAAUAUAAGCCCUUCACGUACAGUGAUUUCAGAGCACAAGUUGAAGACGACAUCAAAACCAUUGGCCACAAAGUUGGACUCCCCAGAUUUCACUACUCUCACAAAUGA